CGCGGUAGUUCUAGCUAUGAACUGUGUAACGCGUUAGACAUAACCUCAUAUCCUACUCCUCGUUUGAUCACGCUGCCCCAGUAAACAGUGUAUCUUUCGGCUGGAGAAACAGUUAUCAAAAGCCGAAGUUAGAGCUUACUGUGACGAAAAUUUCGUGUGAGUAUUGGCGAAAAUGGAUCCCAUUUUUCUUCGGACACUGAUUCACAAUAUAUUAACAGUUGAUUGUUGUGUAUUUAGUGACAUUUGAUUGCAAAUAAUCAUGAAAAACAUUUAUCAAUAAAUUCUAUCGAUUCGUAAACGCUAAUGGAGAAAAGUUCAAACUUUCUAUUAACCAAGAAAGAAAAGGAUCAAUUAUUAAACAAAACAGAUGUAGUAAAUGAACCAAUAAGUCAGAAAGUGACUGAAACCAUUUCUGAUCUACUGAUUUCACUCGCUAAUGAACCUUCGUUGGCUUAUUUUCAUAUUCAGGAACAUAUUAGGAAAUCAACUCCAGAAAUCUUAAAACAUCAAACAAAAGUUGAGCAUUUAGAUUCACAGUUACGUGGUUCUUGUUAUGAUCUUGACUAUGCGCUUGAUAAUAUUAAAAGUAUCACAAAGGCUUCAAUACAUUUUAAUCGGAUAAACGAACUUUUGAAGUCAAGUUUAUUUGCUAAACUUCAAUUGGAUUAUGCUCGCAUGAACGCUCCGCCAGUUGAAGUAGGCAUCGAUAUUGUCUCAUGGAAUCUAAAUGGUGAAGAGCUAUUAAGGUUAACUCGAAAAAAGCCACAAGGACAAAGACCAGCUCAGUGCAACCAAGAUAUACCCACGGAUUCUUCUUACUCAAACAACGAAUGUACAGAAAUCCCUGCAAAUUCACGGACACUAAGUCAAAUAUCUAGCACAGUGUCGACAGCAGCCGUACAAGUACGCGACCAAGCUAUCAAUUUGACCAAAAGGGUUUUGUGGACACAGAGUGCCGACGUAUCUUACUCUACCACCUCACCAUCAGAAUAACUAACUCCUCGAGCUCAUUUGAUAAGAAGACCAGCUUCCGGAGACUUAAUCUAGGUAACUGUUCUGAAAAUAAGCAGCUGACAUUAUAAUAAUCAUUUUAUUUUCUAUACUAAUAUUGUAGAUUGUAUCACAUAAAUACAAUAUCCUUGAAUCCACA